AAUGCAAUUGAACAGGGAAGGCCAAAGCCACACACACAGGCAGAGGAGAACAAGGGAUUCAUUCACCACUUCCCAUGGUCAGGCUUCAGCCAUCUCCAGGACAGCAGGGCUCCAUCAUGCGUAACCAUUACUUGGGAAGACAAAUGCUGUAACUCCUCCUCCUUUCCCCAGCUUUAUGUGCCGAGCCUGACUCCAUACGGUCUGGAGUAUCCCUUUGGUCCAUUGGGAUCAGCUAUGUUCCCUCCCAGCUCCUUGUGCACCCCCAGCCAGCUCGCUGGUGGGGUGAGAAGCAGAAACAGCCUUGACCCUGUGUAAGCUCUGCUCGGUGGAAGCUAAAACAUCCCCGUGUUAUCAGUACAAUGUUCAGCACACAUCCAAACCAGAGCCCCAUACCAGCUACCAUGAAGAAAAUUGCCCUAGCUAAAACAAGCACACCAAGAUAGGGUACUAGAUAGCACUACCUAGAUAGGUACUAGAUGACGUUGCAGGAGCAGGGUCCACCAGCAUUCUGCUGUGUUGUGCUUGCUGUCCUUGUUGUGAAGGUAUUACUUGAAUGCAGUAAUGUUUUCAAUUAUUUUCACCGGUUAAGAUUUUUUUCUAAUGUCAAUGAAGAAAUUGGAAACACUGCCUGAAGGAAAACUUCAUGUGAAAACAUCUCUGUUACUCAGUUUCUGCUAGAAGACGCAAGAAAAACUUUGCUAGAGGAUUUGCUUUGAAUAACGCUUCUGAAGAAGAAGACAAGCUCUAAGAAGAACAUAGCUUAUUUUUGCCAUAGCGUGCUCAAUACACAUUAUAAUGUAUCCAAAGAGAAGAAUGAGUAACAAACCAAAAAACAAAAGCAAAAGGAAGGAAGAAAAAAGUCAAGAAAUGUCUACCAAUUUAAAAUACCUUUCCUUGAGCAUCCUGGUUUUUCAGACCACAAGUUUAGUCUUGACCAUGCGUUAUUCUCGGACGCUGAAGGAAGAAGGACCUCGUUACUUAUCCUCCACUGCAGUAGUUGUUGCUGAACUUCUGAAGAUUUUGGCCUGUGUUCUCUUGGUCUACAAAGACAGCAAGUGCAAUUUACGGACUCUGAACAGAGUGCUACAUGAUGAAAUCCUUAAUAAACCCAUGGAAACUCUUAAACUUGCUAUUCCUUCAGGGAUUUAUACUCUUCAGAAUAACUUGCUGUAUGUAGCAUUGUCGAACCUCGACGCAGCCACAUACCAGGUUACGUAUCAACUGAAAAUUCUUACCACAGCAUUGUUUUCUGUGUCCAUGUUGAGCAAGAAGUUAGGUGUAUACCAGUGGCUUUCGUUAGUAAUACUGAUGACAGGAGUGGCAUUUGUUCAGUGGCCUUCAGACUCCCAAGCACCAGCUGCUAAGGAGCAUUCGGCAGGAUCUCAGUUUGUGGGCCUGAUGGCAGUUCUGAUAGCUUGCUUUUCCAGUGGAUUUGCUGGCGUUUACUUUGAGAAAAUCUUAAAGGAAACCAAGCAGUCUGUGUGGAUCAGAAACAUUCAGCUUGGAUUUUUUGGUAGCAUAUUUGGACUGAUGGGUGUAUACAUUUAUGAUGGAGAGCAACUGUCAAAGAAUGGAUUUUUUCAAGGAUACAAUAAACUUACUUGGGUAGUUGUUGUUCUACAGGCACUUGGAGGGCUGGUGAUUGCUGCUGUUAUAAAAUAUGCAGACAACAUUUUAAAGGGAUUUGCAACUUCUCUCUCUAUUAUACUGUCAACAUUGAUCUCCUAUUUCUGGCUGCAAGAUUUUGUCCCUACAAGUGUCUUUUUCUUUGGAGCAGUCCUUGUAAUAGCAGCUACUUUCCUAUACGGUUAUGAUCCCAAACCUGCAGGAAAUCCCAUUAAGGCAUAGCACACUUCCUCAUCAACCUGCUUCUCCAAGAUCAUGCACUGGGGCCUUGCUAACAAUGGCAUGUGGAAAGUGUCAUUGUGCACUGCAAGGAAAGGAUUCCUACCCUGAAUCUAUAGAAGAAAUGCUUAUGAGUAGUUCUGAACAGCUGGAGGGGUUGAAGGUGAUGAUACUGCCUGUAACUGAUGAGAGGAAAAAGAAAAAGGCAGGGGAUCUUCCAGUGCAACUUGCUAAUAAAAACAUGAACAAAAGGUUUCCAAGAAACUGCGAUUAGGAAUGUUUACAGCUUUGACUGGGAUUGCAUCAAAAGAAUUUACUGUACUGACUGCUGCAGAAAUCCGUCCUAUGCACUCUUUGAAAGAGCACAUGACAACAUUGUCAGAUUGUAUGGGUUUGCAAUUUGACUGUAUUCAAUCUUAGCAAAUAACGGUUUUUAACUGUUUAGUUACAUGAAAUCAGAUGAAUACACAUCAUAGUUCUAAAGCAAUGGCUCUAAUUAGGUUUCCUAUGAAGACUGUGAAGAUUGCAGUAUGAUCGAAAGACACUUUCAUAAUAUCCAAUAUUUUUAUAUUUUUAGGAGGCUGAUUUAAUAACAAAUCUGUUAUUAAAUUAUAAUAAUAUAACUGUUGCUUAUAUAAACCUAUUGUAAGAAUGUUAACGUUCAAAGGAAGAAAGUCAGAGUGAAAGCUGGAAAUCUUUGUGGAUACCUCAGCCAUCAUCAGGAUAGCCUGUAGUGUUCCAACAGAUGGGAAAACUCUGCUCUGUGAACACAGGCUGGAGGUUGCUCCACUAACCUGGUACUAAGAGUAGGGUUAUGACAGAGUGCUUGCUCAGAGGUAAUGCUCAUUCUUUUUAUUGAUUAUAAAUCAACUUCUUGGUAGAACCUUCAAAGUAGAUCUUAUGCUUUAAAUAUCCUCUGGGGAUUUUUUAACCACAAUUUAAAACAAAGAGCCCGUAAUAAACAUUCUGAAUGCAUAAUUGCUGUCUUUAACAGCUCCAUCUGCAGCUAUUCUGGUCUAUCAUCUGUAUACUGUACUGUACUUUUACAGAGGUGUUUUCUAAACAAGUGGUGUUUACUCAUGAACUUUCCAAGGCUUUUUCAGGAUGUUUCUAUGUAGUGGCUUAAUUUGAGAUUAUUUUUUUUCAUUGUUAUUAUUUUGUUCUGGGAGUCCUUGAGCCGACACGAGACCAAAAUGGGUUCUCUGGAGCUAUUCAGUUUAGUCGUAGAAUUACUUUAAUAGGAAACAUAAUGCAAAAGUGAUUAACUGUGCAAUAGGUAAAUAUAAAAGCAUGCUGUUCUUCUGUUUUAAACCAAAACCAACCUUCUUAAGGAAACCUGGAUGCAGUCAGAACUUAACUCAAUUAGACUGUUAUGAACACUUCACUUGCUGAAGUAUUUGCAUAUAACCAGAAACACACCAAAAAAAAAUAAAAAUGAGGGACCUAAUAAACAAAAAAAGGUGUCUUAAAAAGCACUUGUUUUCAGGAGGCCUAUUCACAAUAGAUAGUUAUGUAGAGUGACUUCUUACCCACACAUAACACUUGUGAAGAUACACAUUUAUAUAAACCCCAUCAGUAGUCCCUUACCUAUAGAAUGGCAAGUGGCACAAAUGUAUGAUUUCCUUCGUUUCCCCCUCAUUCUCUUUCUGUCUUAUGCUAAUGAACACGUGAAAAGAGAGAUGUUUUAAAAUGUUAACCAAAGUAUCACAUCCUCUUUUCCACAUUUUAGCAGUGGAUUGACAAGGAGAGUCUGGAAGAGGGCUCUGAGAUUUUUUUAAUGAAGUAUUAUUAUUGGGAAAGGAGAAAUUCCACUUGCAUCAGCCAAGCAAAAAUAGUGGUUUCCCUCUGUUGGCAGUGACAUGGAUUAUCAGCUUUUUUGGUUGUUUAUCAUAUCAGAGCAAGACAUUAAAGAAAUUUCAGAGUCCAGGGCUUGCUGAGCUUUGUGAGCUGUGAAUCUGUCCCAGCAUGCCAUACUUACAGUCAAAUUGGUGGUCAAAACUAUCUUGUAUUACCCUAACUUGGCAUGCUAUGUUAAUCUUCAGCCUUUUACCUAUAACCCUUAAUGGGACAGAAUCUUUCAAAAAUUAAAUGUAGCCAUUCGGCCACUAAAAUGCAACACGAAGUAAGAGAACAGCGUAGAGCAGUGGCUCACAGCACUGCUUGUGUAGAAUGGAAAGUGCAGAAUGACCCUGAAAUGAUGGAGAAGUUGGUAGUAAUAUCUGAACUGGAGCUUGGCUUACACGAUGAUACUUUUAAUUGCAAGUAUCACAGUAGUGGAAAUGUUCAGAUGAUAUAAUUGG